CCAACUUCCGUUAUCUUUCUUCCUUCAGAUUUUUUUUUACACCAAAUUUCAUUUCAUUUUUUUUUCCUUUUACUUUUUCCCCAUUUCAACAAUUCGACUUAUCGUCCCAUUUGUCUCUUCAAAUUCCUUCUCCGCGUCUUCCUUUCUUUCUUCUCUCCGUUCAUCCAUUCAAAUUCAAAAUCCCCAGAUCUCCCCAUUUUUUUUCGAAAAACCCUAACCCUAAAUUUCUAAAUCACACCGAUCUAAGUCGGUGGUUUUACAGCAAUGGAGAACUUGAUAUCUCUUGUGAACAAGAUUCAGAGAGCUUGUACUGCUCUUGGCGAUCACGGUGAUGAAAGCGCUCUCCCCACUCUAUGGGAUUCUCUCCCCGCCAUCGCCGUCGUCGGUGGUCAGAGUUCUGGGAAGUCGUCCGUUUUGGAGAGCAUUGUCGGCAAGGACUUUCUGCCUCGUGGAUCUGGUAUUGUGACUAGGCGUCCUCUUGUUCUACAGUUACACAGGGUUGAAGAAAAUAGAGAAUGGGGAGAAUUUAUGCACCUUCCUAGGAAAAAGUUCACAGAUUUUGCUGCUGUGCGGAAGGAGAUAGCAGAUGAGACUGAUAGAGAGACCGGACGUAGUAGUAAAUCAAUAUCUACUGUUCCUAUUCAUCUAAGUAUAUACUCCCCCAACGUUGUUAAUCUUACGCUUAUUGAUCUUCCUGGGCUUACCAAAGUGGCUAUUGAUGGUCAACCUGAGAGCAUUGUUAUGGAUAUUGAAACUAUGGUUCGCUCUUAUAUUGAGAAGCCCAACUGUAUCAUUUUGGCAAUCUCUCCUGCUAAUCAAGAUCUUGCUACAUCUGAUGCAAUUAAAAUUUCCCGUGAAGUGGACCCUAAAGGGGAGAGGACAUUUGGAGUUUUGACGAAGGUUGAUCUUAUGGACAAAGGAACUGAUGCUGUCGAUAUUUUGGAAGGCAAAUCAUACAAGUUGCAGUUUCCUUGGGUUGGUGUUGUAAAUCGUUCACAGGCUGAUAUCAAUAAAAAUGUUGAUAUGAUUAUUGCUCGACGUAAAGAACGAGAAUUCUGGUCCUCUAGUCCAGAGUAUAAGCAUAUGGCUAACAGAAUGGGUUCAGAGUUCUUAGCCAAGAUGAUGUCCAAGCAUUUAGAAACCGUCAUCAAAUCCCGGAUUCCAGGCCUUCAGUCCCUUAUUAACAAAACUAUUGUUGAGCUAGAAUCAGAGUUGAGUCGUCUCGGGAAGCCUGUUGCUACUGAUGCUGGAGGCAAGCUAUACAUGAUCAUGGAAAUAUGCCGGGGAUUUGACCAGAUAUUUAAAGAACAUCUUGAUGGCGUACGCCCAGGUGGUGACAAAAUCUAUAGUGUGUUUGAUAAUCAGCUACCCGCUGCUUUGAAAAGGUUGCAAUUUGACAAGCAACUUUCCAUGGAGAAUGUGAGGAAAUUAAUUACUGAAGCUGAUGGGUAUCAACCUCAUCUUAUUGCUCCAGAACAAGGAUAUCGGCGACUUAUCGAGUCUUGUUUGGGUUCAAUUAGAGGUCCUGCUGAGGCUGCAGUUGAUGCGGUUCAUGCAAUAUUGAAGGAGCUUGUUCACAAGGCUAUAAAUGAAACUUCGGAACUACGACAAUACCCCACUCUCCGAGUAGAAGUAUCAAAUGCUGCUUCUGAUUCAUUGGAGAGGAUGAGAGAUGAAAGCAAGAGAGCGACUUUACAGCUUGUUGAUAUGGAGUGUGGUUACCUCACCGUCGAUUUUUUCCGAAAGCUGCCUCAAGACGUUGAGAAAGGUGGCAACCCAACACAUUCAAUAUUUGACCGUUAUAACGAUUCAUAUCUCCGUCGAAUUGGAACGACUGUGUUGUCAUAUGUCAACUUGGUUUGUGCAACAUUGAGAAAUUCCAUUCCUAAAUCUAUUGUUUAUUGUCAAGUACGUGAUGCAAAGCGCAGCUUGCUUGAUGUCUUCUUCACGGAAUUGGGUGGGAAAGAGGCAAAAGCAUUGGGUAGGAUGUUGGAUGAAGAUCCAGCAAUUAUGCAGAGGCGUACCAACAUAGCGAAGAGGUUGGAGUUGUAUAGGACUGCACAAUCGGAUAUUGAUUCAAUUGCCUGGGCAAAGUGAGGGGACGGAAAUCUGGGCAGAAGCCUUUUGUCUUUGUGUAUCCUGAAUUGCUAGUUUGUAGCAAAAAUGUGAUUCUUUGAUUCAUAUAGAAUAUAUACGGCAUGGUUUUCUCAUCCAUGGUUGAGGCCAUUGUAGCCUUGUAGGGGACAAAUCACGGCUCAAUUUUAUUUUGUACUAGCAUGUGUAUAUGCUCUGGUGGUUGUAACGUCUUAUCGAUUGUUCAUCCUUGAUGCUUGAACUUCUACCAAAUUCUAUGCGGUGAGGUGCCUCUUUUUGUCAA